AUGUCCCCACCAAGCCUGAGCCCCCGACAACUCCUCACCGCCGCCCUCACCCUCCUCGCCGCAACCACGACCACGACCCUACACGGCGUCCGCGCAAGCAGUGAGCACAACCAAUUCAAACAUGUACAAUGGGACGACGAUAACUGGACCCUUUCCACAAACAAGCUAGACCAAGGGCAUUACCAGUCUCGCCUGACGCUGGCGAAUGGGUACUUUGGCAUCAAUGUCGCAGCCGCGGGACCCUUUUUCGAGGUCGAUGAGCCCGUCGACGGCGAUGUGAUUAGCGGGUGGCCGCUGUUCAGCAGACGGCAAGGGUUCUCUACCAUUGCGGGGUUUUGGAACGCCCAGCCUAGGACGAAUGGCUCGAAUUAUCCGUGGUUGUAUCAGUAUGGCUGGGAGAGCUUUGUGGCGGGGAUCCCGCAUUGGAGUGGGCUGCUGGUGGAGGCCAAUGGCGAGAUGCUGAAUGCGUCGGUGGAUUCCAAGCAUGUGUCGGAUUUUGUGGCGAGUCUGAAUGUCAAGACUGGGAUUGCGGGCUGGCGGUACAAUUGGACGCCCGGGGGUGAAGAGGGUGCAAUGGUUGAUGUCGAGUAUGAGAUGUUUGUGCACAAGCUGUUUGUCAACAAGGCAGCGGUCCGAUUGAGACUGACGGCGACCAAGGAUGUGAAUGUUACGGUUUAUGACGUUUUGGACGGAGAGGCGGCCGUUCGAUCGGACUUUGUGGACAAGAGGUUUGAGACAGAUGCGCCGUCGAUUUGGUCUGCCGUCAGUCCGGGAAAUGUCACAGAUGUGACAGCUUACAUUUACUCGACGCUUCGAGGCAGCGAAUGGGUUGACUUUUCCACCCGUAGCCAAGUCGACGACGGCGCCUUUGGUGCAGGCAAUGUGUCGACCAUUGCACAGUCUGUGCGAGUGGAGUUGACUGCAUUUCGCCCUACCGAGCUGAACAAGUUUGUGGGGGUUGCAUCGACAGACGCCUUCCCAAACCCGCAAGAAACUGCAAAGAACGCCUCUCGUUCGGGUGCAGAAGAGGGUUACCAGAGCCUCCGACAAUCGCAUAUCGACGAGUGGAGCACCAUUCUGGCCCCCGACUCCGUGGAUGACUAUCAUCUGCCGAACGGCUCUCUACCCAACGAUCCAAAUGUCAAGGAACUUCAUAUUCUGGCACGGACGAACCCAUUUUAUCUUCUGUCGAACAUGGUUGGACCAAACGCCGUAGUCGCAGCGGGAAAUAACACGAAGCUCGACAUCUACAGUAUCCCUGUUUGUGGGCUUGGGUCUGACUGCUAUGGCGGUAUGAUUUUCUGGGAUGCCGAUGUUUGGAUGGCACCUGGUGUUCAAGUCUCGCAUCCACAGCAUGCGCAGAACGUCAUCAAAUAUCGCGUCAAGCACUUUGAGCAGGCAAAGAGUAACGUUGGGACGGCUUAUACGUCUAGCAAGAACCAGACUGGUCGAUUCACUCCGGGCGGGGCAGUCUAUCCAUGGACUAGCGCUCGCUAUGGUAAUUGUACUGGCACGGGGGCCUGCUUCGACUAUGAAUACCAUCUCAACGGCGACAUCAGUCUUGCGUUCAACAAUCAUAUGAUUAUCACCGGAGACGGGGAAUAUUUCAACGACACGCUGCUGCCCAUAUCAAAUUCGAUUGCGCAUUUCUUUGCGGAGUUGCUAGAUUACAACGAGACGUCCCGGGCAUACGAGAUCUGGAACGCAACAGAUCCCGACGAGUACGCAAAUCAAGUCAACAACAUUGGUUUCACAACUGCCCUCAUCCAAAGGCAUUUCCUCGAAACCAACGAAUUUAAUGGCUGGUUUGGACGCCAGAAGAAACCCACGUGGGCAGACAAAGCAUCGAAAAUGCGUCUCCCGAUCAAUGAGGAAGCCGGCAUAAUCACGUCGUCCUCGUGGACGAUCUUCUCCACUACCCUAACCCUUACAGCAUGGCUAAUCUCGACUAUUAUGCUGCAAAACAAUCCCUCGACGGCCCUGCAAUGA